AUAUUACAAACUUACAGAUAAUUCCUUGGAUCCCAUAAUAUACUUGGAAGUAUUAAGAAUUGACUACUUGGUGUGAGUAACACAAAAAAACAAAGCGAGAAGAAAUUGAAGUUAUACAUUUUUACACAUAUUAAGAUAAAAAUGAUUGCUGACAGUUAUUAAGUUUACAUAAAACUAAACCUACUUUAUUUUUAGUUGCGAUUGUUUCUGAGCUGUUUCCAACCAACACAGGCAUUUUUGGAACAAAUAAUGAACGUCAUUCAAACACGUGUGAAAAAUGUCGCCAUAUUUGUUUACACUGAACAACAAAUUGCAUAUCAGUUGUAACAUAAAAAUUUGGAUUUUAUAAAAUAAUAUUUUCAGGCUGUAACGCAAUAUGGACACACAUUAAUGACUAUAAUCAUAACAAUAAAUUAUUAAAUUAAGAUAUCAAAUGUUGGUUUUGUAGUUUUAGAAUUUCCUUUGGUUUUUAACUUGUUACUUUGUGACACAAAUGUGCACUAUGUCUUCCUUGGUUUUAAAAUUGGACGCGACUGGAAACAACUGUUGUUGUUUUUCGCUGCUACAACGCUACGCUACCAUCUUUGUGAACAAAAAAUAACACAUACUACCCUUGUGGGCAAAAAUCUUCAAAGAUACUUGAAAUGACUGUGGAGGAGCUUCGCACUGUUGUUUCAACGUUGACGUUGUAUGGUUUUCGUUUGGUAAAAAAAUCUUUGAAACAGCAAAAUAAUGAUGAAGACAGCCAUUACUUGAACACUGUUCAUCAAAAAUCUCCAUCUCUAAACAUGAGAUAUGCACUUUUGGCAUUCAUAGUAAUGUUGUUAAUAUUACUGUGUUUCUUGCUUUAAACAACAUAUAAUCUUGGAAAGUCCUUUCAACACUAAUUGUUAUUUAUUGCAAUGUUUCAACGAAUUUAUGGCACAUAAUAUUUUAAAAAUGUAUAUAAAUAUUUAAGGAUUAAAUUAAAAAAUUUGGAGGGAAACCUAUUUAUCCCAUGUAUUUAAUAUUUUAAUGUUACUAAUAUAUAAAGAUCCAAAAAGAAUUACUACAUAUAUAUUUAUAUAAUAUAUUUAUUUUAUUUACAAAAUUGUUUUCCUUAUUACAUACAUGUAUAUACAGUUCAGUUUACUAAAAACAUAGUUUCCUUAAGAUUUAGGUUUUAUUGCUUAGGCAAAUACUCCAGCUGGAAUGGACAUGUUUUAUACGACGUUUUUUUUUAUUUUCCAGAAAAUUAUUUCUUUGAAAAUGAGAGUUUAAGUUUCUAUUGAAAUUAAGAAUUAGUACAACUGUAUGUGUGAGGAUAAUUUAAAAUAAUCUUCCCAUCAUACAUUGUUCCUAUGAUCCCUUUCCAGUCCAUUUUAUUUAGCUCUGGAAAAUUCGAUCUAUGUAUGCCCUUUUCAGCCGAAUUCCUAACCAGUUUAUGGCUGAUCUCGGUACAUCUUGCGAAAAUCGGAUCAAAAACUCGCCAAAUGUCGAGAGAAUCACGAGGAAGCAUUUGUUGACUUACGGUAGUCUUUUUGAUUAACGGACAUUUUUAAAGGCAUGCACCUCUGAUUAACGGUCAGAUGUCAUUACACUGGCUGAAUUUAAGUUAAAGUCACAAGCAAACUUUUCAAACAGUAGACAAGAAAUUAGAGGAUACUUGAAUUAGUGGACAUAUUUUUAUAUACAAUUCCGCGAUUAAAAACAGCGAAAAUUAAUUUGUGUGUUUGGCCAAGUUCCAUUGGUCUAUUGGAUUUCGCAAGAAUGUGGACAAGAAUUUAGUAAUAGUUUAACAGUUGAAAUUUAUGUAAAAGUUAAAACUACGAUCUAUGAAUAUUAAAUAUUAUUUUUGUAGUUGAAACUUUUCACAAUGCCCGUAAAAUGAAAUUUCGCUGUUCAAGACUUUUGCUGAAUUUACUUCAGUUCGCAAAAGAAACUUCAAAUUUCGUCUAUUUCCGAAAAAAAACAACGCGAAACCGCAGUUCUGGGCAAAUUAUUACAUACAUGUUAACCACAUACAAUACCCGUUGCUAAAAUUUGAGUUUUGAGUUUAUGAAAUUUAGAAAAUUUUUCUGUAAAAUCGAAAUACCUUAGGAACAAAAAGAAGCGAUACCGCAAGAGACAAACUUUUAAAUAGAACGUUGGUAUAUUGCGUAAAAUGCACUGGGCAUACGGCUCUUUAAAUCUAUUGAAUUGCUUAAAAAAUAUUUGAAUAAAGUAACUACGACAUGUUGAAGAAAAAUCGUAGUUUCGAACCAUCUGUGUCAAUAUGGAAAGACGUUGAGGUUACAUAAUGAAAUCUCGAAUUUAACUUCUUAUCAGUAGAAAUUAAAAUUACAGAAAAAGUGGUGUAUAUAACGUUUUUAAAAUUCAAAAGUUUCAGAUAUUAGAAAAACUAUCCAGAGGAGAAGUUCAGAUGUGCAUGCAGAAUUCGUAUAAAAUAUGCAUCAACAUGAUACAGAAAGUAUAAUCCCAAAUUUAGUAAAUAUUGGCGUUCGACUAAUACCAAUAUCUCUUCAUUUGUUGGGAAUCUAUCUAUUGUCAAUCGUACCAAAACAAAAUAUUAACGCAACACAGCGCUUACUUUUAUUAAACUUGAGUUUUGUAACUGUCAGUUUUUUGUUAUGCACUUGGCUAGCAAGUUUGAUACAUGUUUUGUUUCCAAGUAGCCAUUUCGAAUUUCUCGAAUAUAUUUCACUCGUACAGCUCACUGGAUUUAGUUUUGUUUACUAUCUUGCCAUGAUAUGCAUUACAGCAGAUAGAUUUCUUGAAAUGUAUCUAAAUAUAAAGUACGCUUUAUAUUGGUCAGGUAGACACACAUUGAAAUUGAUGUACUUCAUAUGGCUCAUUGGAGCAACAUUCUCUUCCGUUAUGGUUAUUUUAUACUACAAAUGGAGAAUAAAUUACACACGAUAUUGCUAUAUUUACUUUUUUCCGAUAAUAGAAGCAAUCUUUCUUGCAAUCGCAUUGGUAACAUAUAGCUAUAUAUUUGGAAGGUAUUAUAAGCCAUUAAAGGUUUUAAAAAAUCGAAAAAAGGACUUUAAAAACAUGCUUCGACGUUCACCGUUAUUAUUGAUCUCUUUGAUUAUUGUUACCUUCGUAUUAUUUAUGAUAGUACCUGACAUGAUUUUAUUUUCGUACCACUACUCAAAUACAUCUCUUCCAAAUACAGUCUUACUCGUCACAUAUAUUUUAUACACUUUGACGUAUACCUCAGAUGCCGUGAUAUACAUUCUGCUGCAGAAAAGUGUUAGAAAGGUCGCGAAAAGAAAAUUUCACAUCAGGAAGAGAGCGGUAACGGUGGAGAGACCAAGACAAGGGACAAUAACAUCAGCUCAAUCAAAUUUAUAAAGUUUUGUUUACGCAAAAAUUUGUGUUGAAUUACGGUGCUAUAUCGAUCCAGCUUGCGAGGUCUGCUUGCGAGAAACUUUAGAGUUCAACAUCAAAACAGGUCACCAGGAUCAACAGGUUAUAUAUGUUAAAAAAAUCGAAAAAAAAAAAUUUGGGUAAAAAUCGUUGAUCGGUGAAAAAUGUUGGUAAAAUAUUUAUGUUGCUAAAAUACAUUAGGCACUAAGCCAAAAUUUGACCUCUGGACUUACAUUUUGUUCUUUGUAGUCCAUGAAAGAAUUCAGGCUGAAUACGUUCUUAAUUUUUAGCAAAAUCUUAGCCUCAAACUUCUUAUAAACUAGGUUCUUAUAAAAACCGUGUAUCAUAAAAAAAUUAAUUUUUCACUUUUCGAAUAUUUUUUUCACUUUUUAUUUUUUGUCGUAUUAUCUUGACUUGUCUAAAAACUUGUGGUUACCUAACGCCUAAAGGAAUAAUUUAAUUUGAUCAAAACCACUAUAUUCCUCGUACUUAAGUUUGAAGAUAGAUUCACUACUGUUGCACUAUUUCUAAUCAGCACAUAUUACGUGAUAUAUCAAAUAUAACUUAUUUGUACAGAUUUUGGCGCAGUGAAACGUAGUGAAAUUAGCCGUUAUUUAAUUUUUUUAACCAUUUCCAAAUCCACCCCUGUUUUUUUGUACACAGUUUAUUAUGCUAUUAUUUUAUUUUAAAGCUUAUGUUGAUAUCAGUUAUUAAAUCUUAAAGUCUUUUUAUCGUCCAUAGAUAUUUCAAAAAAUCGUAUGUAUGUAUGCGAAGAAAAAAUCACUAAAAUUCGACCAUGCCUUGAUCGGCAAUUUAUUCAAAUUAAUUUCAAAACAAUAACACAAAUUUGAUAUGAAAAUAAUGAUACACAUCAUGUACUUAGAAUAAAUACGAUAAACAAAAAUAUUUUCGUGCUAUUCUUCCAAC